GGUAAGAUCAACCGACUUCCGGCCAGGCCGUUGUCUGGGUGGCGCGGUCGAGUCAUCGUUGGGCCUCGCCGCUUCGAUCUCCUAUCCCUUCCCCCCCCACCCCCCGCCCCAGCGCGGGGGGUCGACCAGUCAAGUGGCGCGGGAGGCGUCUCGGAUCUUCCCCUUCAUUUCGCUGUGGCCAGCUCCCUGGCUCCCCGCGCUGGGGGUCUGGGGUCCUUGGGGGCCCGCGAGGCCCGGUCUGAGGGGCCGGGGCCUACGUGGGCCCGCCGCUGGGCCCCAUGAGGCAUAGCCUGACCAAACUGCUGGCGGCCUCAGGCAGCGACUCCCCAACCCGCAGCGAGAGUCCGGCGCCGGCCGCGACCUGCUUGCUGCCCCCGGACCUGACCCGGGCGGCGGCGGCUGCAGCGGCGGCGGCGGAGGAGGAAGAGACGGCGGCGGCCGGAUCUCCCGGCCGCAAGCAGCCGCGCGGCGACGAGGGCGAGUUGGAGGCCGGGAGGGGGGGCCGCGGCGGCGUGGCCGUGCGCGCGCCCUCGCCCGAGGAGAUGGAGGAGGAGGCGAUCGCCAGCGUCCCCGGGGAGGAGACGGAGGACAUGGACUUUCUGUCCGGGCUGGAACUGGCAGAUCUUUUGGACCCCCGGCAACCGGACUGGCACCUGGAGCCCGGACUCAGCUCGCCCGGGCCUCUCUCGUCGUCCGGCGGAGGCUCGGAUAGCGGCGGCCUGUGGAGAGGGGACGACGACGACGAGGCCGCGGCUGCCGAGAUGCAGCGCUUUUCUGACCUGCUGCAGAGGCUCUUAAACGGCAUCGGAGGCUGCAGCAGCGGCAGUGACAGUGGCAGCGGCGAAAAGAGGCGGAGAAAGUCCCCAGGAGGAGGCGCGGGCAGCAGCGGCAACGACAACAACCAGGCGGCGACAAAGAGUCCCCGGAAGGCGGCGGCGGCUGCUGCCCGUCUCAAUCGGCUGAAGAAGAAGGAGUACGUGAUGGGGCUGGAAAGUCGAGUCCGGGGUCUGGCAGCCGAGAACCAGGAGCUGCGGGCCGAGAAUCGGGAGCUGGGCAAGCGCGUGCAGGCACUGCAGGAGGAGAGUCGAUACCUACGGGCCGUCUUAGCCAACGAGACCGGACUGGCUCGCUUGCUGAGCCGGCUGAGCGGCGUGGGACUGCGGCUGACCACCUCGCUCUUCAGAGACUCGCCCGCCGGUGACCAUGACUACGCUCUGCCCGUGGGAAAGCAACAGCAGGACCUACUGGAAGAGGACGACUCGGCGGGAGGAGUGUGUCUUCAUGUGGACAAGGAUAAGGUGUCGGUGGAGUUCUGCUCGGCGUGCGCCCGGAAGGCGUCGUCUUCUCUUAAAAUGUAGGGUCAAGUAAUCUGCUCUUUAUCCGCGUUUACCCCUUUCAACUCCCUUACACCAUGUAAAACACCUUAGUGGGACAUCUUCACUGGACACAUUUCAGAGGAGGAAAACAGUAAUAUUGAAUCUUUAAGUGUUUAGCUAAAAGCAUGAAUGUGACACUGUAACCAACUCCUAAUGAUAACAUGUGACUAUUAAAUCUCUCUGACAGUUUCUUUUUUAGGUGAUUUCCUUCCUGCCAGGCUCCGUUGUAGGGGUUACAGAACAGUCGUUCCCGCCUCACAACCUGUGGAUACAGCUGUUGGGGCAGAAGAGACGGGACCAGCUGCUGGCCACAUUUCCUGCUUUAUUUUAAAAGGUAGUAUAAGAAAUGAGGAAAAAGAGGUAAUAUCAGGGCUUCUGCUGUCUUUUAUUUUAAAAUGUUCAUAAUUAAAAAGUAUUUUCCAGCAGUCCAAAGAUGUAAGUUAUCUUACACAUAAAAUGUUUUGUUGUUAUUUGGUUAUAAAAAUGGAAUCCUUGUUCUUGCACAACUGUAAAUGUUUUGUUGCUAGAUAACACAAUUUGAGACCUAACUUGGUCUCUGGUUUCCAGUGCAUUACAGCAUAUUUUGUAAAAUCAUCUACUGCACUUGAGCAUGAAUGGGUAAUAGCCAAACUCACAACCUGGAGUGAUGAACCUGCUUAUACCUAAGUGCAGGAGCAAGCCCCUCACAAUGCAGCUGCAUGGAUUUUUAGUGCCUACUGAAUUAUAUAUAUAUAUAUAUAUAUAUACACACACACAAACCAAAAGUAGUUGGAAAAAUUAUUUGAAAUGACUAAUUUGUGCUAUCUCUAUGGAAUAUGUUAAAUGUAGCUUUUUGAAACAGAAGCCUUGAAUUGAAAUUUAAUUAAUACUUGAACAUUUUGUAUAUAUUUCUUUGUAUAUAAUUUUGUGCAGUACCAAUGACAAAAAUAUGGUGUCAUAAUAAAACCAGGUUUGUUGAUCUUUCA